AAAAUUUCUCUGUUGUUGGCUGCAAGAAUCAACACAAAAGUCUUCAUCUACUCCCACCACCCGAGGAAGCGAAGACCGAGUGGAUUAACUUUAUUUUGGAGGAAAUGUCCCCACGACAACAGUAAAACUCUUAAAUGUGUGCGCUAACCAUUUUGCUUCGGAUUGUAUUCUCAACGAGGGCCAGUAAUGUUCAUUUACAAACCAGGAUUCGCUUCAAAUCUGAAGCUCAAGCAUGGAUCGACAACGUUACCAACUUUAAACUUGGAAGCUGCCUACUGUUAGAGGUGGUUGAUGAUGGACCCCAACAGUGAUACCAAGAAGAUGACCUCCUACCUCCCAGGCAACCCCUCCGCUCAGACCCAGAAACUGGCCCCACCCAGAGACCCAGGCUGCAGCUGGCUGGUGGUGGUAGCGGCUGUAGCGGCCUCUCUGAGUGGCCUAAUGCUGGGCUAUGAAAUGGGCCUAACCUCUGGAGUCCUGCUGCAACUGCGGGGCCUCCUCUCCCUCUCCUGCCGGGAACAGGAACUGCUGGUCAGCUCCCACCUGCUCGGCGCUCUCCUCAUCUGCCUUGCCGGGGGUCCUAUUCUGGAUCGCUAUGGCCGCCGCUACUCAUUGCUCCUGAGCGCCGCCCUCGUGGUUGGAGGGAGCGUCGUGCUAAUCGCCGUCACCUCACUUAUUGCACUCUCACUGGGGCGGGUGAUAGUCGGCAUGGGAACGGCGCUGUCAGGGACAGCAGCGUGUCUGUACAUUGCAGAGAUCUCACCGAGGGAGAGGAGGGGUCUGCUCGUGACGCUGUACGAGCUGAUGCUGGUUGUGGGUGUAAUGCUGGGAUUCAGCUGUAGUUACGCCUUUGCUACUUUGCCCCAUGGCUGGGCGUAUACAUUUGGACUAGUAAUCCCCCCAGCGCUGCUGCAGAUCAGUGUACUCAUGUUCCUCCCACCCAGUCCACGCUUCCUCGUUGCACGCGGUAAAGUGGAGCAGGCCAGGAUAGUGCUGGCCAGAAUGAGAGGUGGGGUCCAGGAGCAUGUGGAAGUGGAGCUCAGAGACAUCCAGGCAGGACUUAAAGAGGAAUCAGAGCAUAGUUUCUGUGAGUUGUUCAGUGCCAAGGCCAACUUGCGUUCACGGCUGCUAACAGGUGUGGCCUUAGUCUUCCUUCAGCAGGCUACUGGUCAGCCCAACAUCCUCUCCUACGCUUCACCACUUCUCCGCAGUGUAGGCUUCAACAGUGACGCCGCAGCAACCUUGGCCUCCACAGGGUUCGGAGUGGUCAAAGUAGUUGGCACCAUCCCAGCCGUGUUGCUGGUCGACCGCGUGGGACCCAAGAGCUUUUUGUGUGUGGGUGCUGUCGCAAUGGGAAUGUCGCUAGCUAUACUUGGUAUAUUGACACUGCAAAGCCACACUCAACUCACCAGCCUGUGUAAAAGUCAGACUAUACUAAACCACACACAUACGCCGUGGGAUUUGAACAGAACCACUAUAGACUUGGACAACAGUGAUAUUUUUUCUACUGACCUCCCCAGCCAAUGGAACAGUGAGGAGGCACAGGGGACUAACAGAGAGGAUAAUGGGAUUGGGGAGCCAGGAGGAGGAAAGACUUAUGUAGAAGUGUCUUCCUCACUGAAGUUGGCAUCAUUGAUCAGCUUGCUGGUGUAUGUGGCAGCCUUCUCCAUUAGCCUUGGACCAAUGGUGUAUGUGGUUCUCAGUGAGAUCUUUCCAAUGGGAGUCAGAGGCAGGGCUGUGUCUGUGGUGUCGGCUGUAAACUGGGCUACUAACCUGCUCAUCUCUAUGACCUUCCUCACAUUUACAGAAAAGAUUGGUGUUCCCAAUGUGAUGUUCAUCUACUCUGCCAUGAGCUUUGUUCUCCUGGUGUUUGUCAUCCUCUGUAUCCCUGAGACCAAAGGUCGCACGCUAGAGGAGAUAUCAAAAGAACUGGCAAAGAAGAAACCUUUUGAAGUGAGGCUCUGUAGGCAGGUUCAGCCUCAAGAGAGCCUGAUCAGCAGCAGCACAUCCGCAGAGAUUCCAGCAAACGUCUGACUCCUUUAACGGAUCACAACUGUACACCUCACCUGAUAGAAGAGCAUGAGCAAGGAUCAAGAAGGACUAUAUUAUCACUGUUAAGAAUUUGGGGUGCAACUUGUACAUCUCACCCACAUUUGUACAUCCCUACAGUUCCAUCUGGUUCUUAUAAUAACGUCUCUGUCAUAUUAGUUUUAGCUACAUACUGUAUGUGAAGGAAGAAUACAACAGGGAUGGGGAAAAUUACACAUACAGGAAAGCAUGAAUUUGCUCAAAUGAGGAUAGCUCAGGGUUAGCUCUUGCUUAAAGGGCAGUAAAGAAAAGGUCAACAAUGGGGAUUGAAUAUGUGAUUAUAUAAAAUAUAUAUUAUAUAAUAUUUAUUUAAUUCCUUCCUUUCUUAACCCCUUCCUUAUUUAAGAAUACAGCUCCAAUAAAGCAGAAAGGAACAUUUCUUACUAAACUCCAGGAUAAAAUUGACUCCCCACCAGCCAGUAGAACCUGUUCGUUUUUUCUAUUUUUACCUGACACUGUGACAAACAUUUACAAAAGAUUGUCUCUUCUGGAUAAUCAUGGUGACACUAAUCACUUCAAAUGUCUGUGUAUGAAACAAUCUUUGGUUUUUGGUUCUGGAUGAAAAUUAAUUCCUGACAUUGUUUAGAUGCUGCUCUCUGUCAUAUGUAAUGUAAUAACACUAACAUGGCUCGAUCCAGUUAUGCUACAGGACACACUGUAGUCUACAUGGAUAUGUGGAUAUAUAUGGAUGGUCACAGCAAUUUUAGGAAGAGCCUGGUGUCUUCUCCUUUACAUUUUAUGGGAGCAAGCAAUCAAGAAAAUGAUAAUGAAUCAACACACUCAGCUCCACUGUAUGCCUGACUGCUGAAUCCUCAAAAAUAAGCAAUCAAGCAGAAAAUACUAAACUCAUCAGGCCUAGUAGUAAUGGGUAGAUAUUAUAACUAGUACUGUUGUAGUGUAAGAAGUGUGAAAAGUGAUGAAAGUGUUUUGUUUUAACUUAUGUCAGUCAUGCCAAAAUUAUACUUCAAUUAACAAGUGGAAUGUUUUACUGCAAGAAACAAUUAGUUCUGUGGAUCUGUUCACAAUUUAAAAUUGUAAAUUUUUAAAUCUGUACUUCGAUACAUAUCCUUAUCUUUUUUGAUGUUGGAAAAUGUACAAAUGUAUUUGCAAAGUUUGUCACACUGAAAAUCUUGAGAACCAUUUUAUAGGAUAUUCCAUUGAAACUGCGCCAUCCGUAAUCAGGACAGGCACACACAAAAAGUAAGGACACGAUGAAAAUGAGAGUAAAGCACAUUAAACAGUAA